ACGUUUCCUCUUUCUUCUCGCCCGACUCUCAUUUCCUAUCUUUUCCUUGUUUUUCUCCUCCAGAAAAUUUUGUAUUCUAUUUUUAUAGUCGUUUUUCAUUUCCUUUUUCUGUUUUUUCUGAAAUUCCUCCAUUGGAGGACUGUAGAGAGCUUAGCUAAGGCGUUCUUCUGUAAAUUUCAAGGAAUUAAUUUAGUAUUUUGAUCAAGAGAAUCAAUCAAUCAAAGAUGAAACAUUUCGUAUUUCAGCAGAACGCCUUUGCAGCAAGCUGUGAAGAAUGGAGAAGCUCUGUUUCAUCAGAUCGAAAAGAUCCUCUCGUUUGUCCUAAACCUAGAAGACUUGGUGUUGGAAUCCACCAGCAUCAUAAUAAUCAUCCAAUUAAUGACUCUAUCAGACCUUUUAGAUACCAUUUUAGUCACCAAGCUGAGUUAUCCGACUCAAAAGCUGGAAUGGAGCUCAUGGAUAUCAUUAUCACCAAAGGUGGGCAAGUUUCAUCAUCUCCACCAUAUUUUUGCGGGUCACCACCAAGUAGAGCUGAAAAUCCUUUGAUCCAGGAUGCUCGAUUUCGAAACGAGAAAUUACUAUCACCAGUUUCACCACUUUCGAUCCCUGUUAUUAAUUCGGGAUCUUCCUCAUCUUCUUCAUCAACUCCCACUACCACAUCCUCAUCAAUCAAGAGUAAUGGUGGAAGCUGUGUCCGAGCAAAGUUCGGACACAAACCAGCUAUGGUGAGAAUUGAAGGUUUUGAGUGCAGAGACAGGCGAAAUUGCGGAAUCUCUGCUGUAGCUUAGAAAAAUUAGAAACAAAAAAGUUUAAAAAUACUUAGAGAAGGAUUCCAAACAACAUCAACACAACCCACUUGUUACAGAGCAGUGAGUGAGAGAGAGAGAUCGAGAGGAGGUUUUUUUUUUGUAUUAGUCCAUGAAUUACCAUGUUGUAUAUAGUGUUUGUUUUUUUUUCAUAGUGGUUUGAGAAAUUGAGAUCAUCUUUGUUACAAAAAUCUCUUUCUCAUUCUCUCUUCCUCUCAGUAUGAUGAGAAUUUCUGUAUGUAUAGAUCGAAGAAAGUUGUUCUUAUGUGUAAAUGUAAUUAUCAUUAAGAUCAAGAAGAAGAAGCUGUUAAAUUUUAUGAUGAAAAUAAAAGUAGUUAAAAAGGAAGAAAGGAAGGAAGCCAAGAAGAGUAGCUUCUUUUCUUUUCUCCUUGAUUAGGUUUAGAGUUUUUGAGUUAGUGAGAAAGAUUCAAAGAGAGUUUGGUAAUCGGUGAUGUAUCUGUUUUGAAGUUAUCUUUGUAAAUAAAAUUAGUUGUUAAUGAGUCAUUUUCAUUUCUU